AUGUCGCCAUGUAAACCUCCCAGAUACCUCUGUGCCAACGACACCUCCGUCUGCCUGCCUCCCGAGAGCAUCUGCAACGGGAGAUACGACUGCUCUGACCACUCUGACGAGGGACACUUCUGUGACGAUUGCAUUUUGGGUAACGGCGGCUGUAGCCACCAGUGUGCAGUGGCUCCUGGGAGGGGCGUGGCGUGCUCCUGCCCGCCGGGGCUCAGUCUUAGCCCAGACAGCAGGACGUGCCAGACCCUGGACUACUGCUCCAGGCACCUCAAGUGCAGCCAAGUGUGUGAGCAGUACAAAGCAACCGUCAAGUGUUCCUGCUACCCAGGCUGGAGGCUGGAACUAGAUGGGGACAGCUGCCAGAGUACAGAUCCCUUUGAGGCAUUCGUCAUCUUCUCCAUCCGCCAUGAGAUCAGGAGGAUCGAUCUCCACAGGCGAGACUACAGCCUUCUAGUUCCUGGUUUGAGGAACACGAUCGCCUUAGACUUCCACUUCGAUCAGAGUCGACUCUACUGGACCGAUGUGGUUGAGGAUAAGAUAUACAGGGGGAAGCUGCUAGGCUCUGCUGGUGUGACAGGGAUUGAAGUGGUGGUCCAACAUGGAUUGGCUACUCCGGAGGGUUUGGCCGUUGAUUGGAUAGCAGGGAACCUGUAUUGGAUCGACAGCAACUUAGAUCAGAUAGAGGUGGCCAAACUAAACGGGGAGCUCCGGACCACACUGAUCGCCGGAGGGAUGGAGCACCCACGAGCCAUCGCUCUGGAUCCUGAGCAGGGAAUUAUUUUCUGGACAGACUGGGAUGCCACCUUCCCUCGGAUCGAGGCUGCUUCUAUGAGCGGAGGAGGACGCCAUGUUGUCUUCAGAGACAUGGAGAUAGGAGCCUGGCCUAAUGGUCUUACUCUGGACCUUAUGGAGAAGAGGGUCGUGUGGACCGAUGCCAGGUCUGAUGCCAUAUUCUCUGCUCUGUACGAUGGGACUGGUAUGAUAGAGAUUCUGAAGGGACAUGAGUACCUGUCACAUCCCUUCGCUGUCUGUCUCUACGGGGGUAGUGUCUACUGGACUGACUGGAGGACCAACACUCUGGCCAGGGCUAACAAGUGGACAGGGGCCAAUGUGACAGUCAUCCAGAAAACCAGCGCCCAGCCAUUUGACCUUCAGAUAUACCACCCCAGCAGACAACCACAAGCCUCAAAUCCAUGCGAGGCGAAUGGAGGUCGUGGACCCUGCUCCCAUCUGUGCCUUAUCAACUACAACCGCACCGCGUCCUGUGCCUGCCCUCACCUCAUGAAGAUAUCUGCAGACAACUUUUCCUGCUUCACACUGAAGAGAUUCCUUCUGUAUGUGAGGCGAACAGAGAUCCGUGGCGUGGACAUUGACAACCCUUACCUGAAUCUCAUCACAGCCCUGACGGUCCCAGAUAUAGACGAUGUCACAGCGGUGGACUACGAUGCAUCAGAGGAACGAAUCUACUGGACUGACGUCAAAACACAAACCAUCAAACGGUCCUCCAUCAACGGAACCGCAAUAGAGACGAUAAUAUCCGGAGGUAUUGUUAAUGUAAGAGGUCUGGCCCUGGACUGGCUCUCCAGGAACCUGUAUUGGAUUAGUUCAGAAAGCGACGAGUCACAGAUAAACGUGGCGAGGCUAGACGGGUCCCUGAAAACCGCUGUGCUUCACGGGAUUGAGAAGCCCAAGUGUCUCACCGUACAUCCGUCUAAAGGGAAAAUGUAUUGGACAGACGGCAACACAAUCAACGUGGCCAACAUGGAUGGAAGCAAUAGCAAGAUCAUGCACCAGAACCAGAGAGAUCCCGUUGGCCUGUCGAUAGACUACACAUCAGACAAGCUGUACUGGGUCAGUGCAGGCAACGCCACCGUCAACAGGUGUAGUCUGGACGGCAGUGGUCUGGAAGUGCUGGAGAACCUGAAGAAAGAGCUUGUUAAAGCCACGGCUCUAGCUGUUAUGGGUGCCAAGUUGUGGUGGGCCGAUGACAACUUGGCCCAGUUGGGGACCGUCAGUAAGAGAGGCGGGCUGGACAUGGUGGUUUUACGCAACAAGACCACGGGGAUUGUUCACAUGAAGGUGUAUGACGAGGACAGCCAGACAGGGAGGAAUCUCUGUCAGGACAACAAUGGUGGCUGCUCUCAGCUCUGCUUCCCAACAUCAGAGAGCACAAGGAGCUGUUCCUGUGCCAUGGGCUACAACCUCCACUCUGAUCGCAUGUCAUGUGAAGGCAUAGGGUCUUUCCUGAUGUACUCAUUUCAUGAGGGCAUCAGGGGGAUAUCCCUGGACCCGAGUGAUAACAGUGAAACCUUGAUGCCGGUGACCGGCUCAAUGAUGGCUGUGGGGAUUGACUUCGAUGCUGGAAAUGACACGUUAUAUUGGACAGACAUGGGCUUGAACAGAAUAUCCAGAGUCAAGCGAGAUCAGACGUGGAGAGAGGACAUUGUCACUAGUGGUAUCGGUCGUGUGGAGGGGAUUGCAGUGGACUGGAUUGGAGGUAAUAUCUAUUGGACGGACCAUGGCUUCAACAUCAUAGAGGUUGCUCGACUCAGUGGCUUGUACCGAGCCGUGGUGAUAGCUGAAGGACUUGACCAGCCCAAAGCCAUUGCUGUGCACCCGGUGAAAGGGUUUCUGUUCUGGACAGAAUGGGGCCAGAGCCCCUGCAUCUGUCGGGCCCGGCUGGACGGAUCAGACCAAGUAAUUCUGGUCAACUCUGGAAUAGCAUGGCCCAAUGGGAUCUCCAUAGACUAUGAGGAAAAUAAAUUAUAUUGGUGCGACGCCCGCGACGACAAGAUAGAACGGAUCAGCCUUGAGAGCGGAGAGGACCGGGAGGUAGUACUGUCAUCCUCAUCCAGCAACGCAGCGGAUCUCUUUUCAAUGGCCGUCUAUGGGCCUUACAUAUACUGGGCUGACAGGGCUCAUGCCAAUGGCUCCAUUCGCCGAGGUGUCAAGAGUUAUGCAACGGAGGGAGCCAUGACUCUGAGGAGUGGCCUGGGGGUCAACCUGAACGAUGUCAAAGUCUUUAACCGAGGACGAGAGAAAGGAACCAACCCGUGUGGCCAGAACAACGGAGGCUGCCAUCAGCUGUGUUUCCACCUGGGCAGUGGGAGGAGGACGUGUUCCUGUGCUCACGGCUACCUAGCUAAAGACGGUCUCAGCUGUCACCAGUACGAUGGCUACCUUCUCUACUCUGAGAGGUCGAUCCUGAGGAGCAUCCACCUAUCAGACGACAGCGACCUCAACUCGCCCAUCAGGCCCUAUGAGAACCCUGCCUACUUCAAGAAUGUGAUAGCGCUGGCCUUUCAUCACCGACAACAGAACUCUGGAGGCACCAACCGGAUUUUCUAUAGUGACGUUCACUUUGGGAAUAUACAGGUUGUCAAUGACGACUGGACUGGACGGAGGGUGAUCGUUGAGAAUGUGGGGUCAGUAGAGGGCCUGGCGUACCAUGGAGCCUGGGACUCGCUUUAUUGGACCAGCUCCACCACAGCCACCGUCAGCAGGCACAGCCUGGACCAGAGUCUCCCCGGGGCCUUCACCAGAGAGGCUGUGGUCACACUGGCAGAGGAAGACCACCCACAUAACCUGGCUCUGGAGGAAUGUCAGAACCUGAUGUUCUGGACUAACUGGAAUGAACUGCGCCCCAGCAUUAUGAGAUCCACCCUGUCAGGAAACAAUAUCCAGAGUGUCAUCACCACAGACAUCCUCACACCUAAUGGACUCACCAUCGACCACACCGCUGAGAAACUCUUCUUCUCCGAUGGCAGUCUGGGAAAGAUUGAACGAUGUGAAUAUGAUGGCUCACACAGAUAUGUAAUUAUGAAGUCAGGUCCAGGAACCUUCUUUGGCCUGGCUAUCUAUGGGAACUUCCUGUUCUGGUCUGAUUGGGUACGGAGGGCAGUGGUACGCUCCAAUAAGUACACAGGUGGCGAAAUUAAGGUCCUCAGAGCCGACAUCCCCCACCAGCCAAUGGGAAUUGUUGCAGUUUCCAACAAUACCAACAAUUGUGAACUGUCCCCUUGCACAGUGCUGAACGGUGGAUGUCAUGACCUUUGUCUUCUGACCCCUCACGGCACAGUCAACUGUAGCUGCAGAGGAGAGAGACUAAUACUGGAAGAUAACAGAUGUGUAUCUGAAAACUCCUCCUGCAACAUCCACACUGAGUUUGAGUGUGGGAACGGGGAGUGUAUCGACUAUCAGCUGACAUGUGACGGAAUAGCACACUGCAAAGACAAGUCUGAUGAGAAAAUGAAAUACUGUGAUAACAGAAACUGUAGACGGGGCUUCAAGAGCUGCUAUAACCAGCGCUGUGUGGUCAAUAGGCGGGUUUGUGACGGGGUGAACGACUGUGGAGAUGAUUCCGACGAGGUUUAUUGUAACAAUUCCUCAUGCUCUCCCUCAGACUGGCGUUGUCUGAACGGAGUUUGUAUUCCGGCCUCGUCCCGCUGCAAUCAGAUCAUCGACUGUCCCGACGCCUCAGAUGAGAAGAACUGUAGCAACACAGGCUGCUUGGAUUACUACAUGCUGGGGGUGAAGGAGACAGUGUUCGUCAGCUGCAACUCUACCUCCCUCUGUGUCCACCCCUCCUGGAUGUGUGAUGGAGCCAACGACUGUGGGGAUUAUGCAGAUGAAACCAACUGCCAGACUCCUUCCCUCAGAAAGAGAUGUGAGGAAGGCCAUUUUGCUUGCCCCAGUGGAAACUGCAUCCACACUGUCUGGCUGUGUGACGGAGUGAAAGACUGUGAAGACGGAGCAGAUGAAUUCCAGUGUGACUUAUCCUGCCUGUGGAACCAGUUUGCCUGCUCUAAGAACAAGUGCAUAGCCAAGCAGUGGCUUUGUGACGGAGAGGAUGACUGUGGGGAUGGAUUGGACGAGAGCUCAGAGAUCUGUGGUACGGCUACCUGUGGCCCAGGGUUGUUUAGUUGCCCAGAGUCGUACGGCUGCGUCCCCAAACACUGGCUUUGUGAUGGGGAGAGGGACUGUCCAGAUGGGAGUGAUGAGCUCUCUGCUGCUGGCUGUGCCCCCAACAACACGUGCAUGGAGGGAAUGUUCCAGUGUCGUAAUCAGAUCUGCAUCCCACAGCGGUUCGCUUGUGACCGUGACGAUGACUGUGGAGACGGCUCCGAUGAGACCCUGGAAUGUGAAAGCUUGUGCAACGGCUCUUUCUUCAUGUGUGUCAACGGCCGCUGUGUCUCGCUGGCCAGCCUGUGUAACAGGAGGGACGACUGUGGGGACGCAUCAGACGAGAGGAACUGUCAUGUCAACGAGUGUCUGAACCGUCGAGUCAGUGGAUGCACACAGGACUGUGAAGACCUGCCUGUAGGGUACAAGUGCAAGUGUUGGCCGGGAUUCCGCUUGAAGAACGAUGGCCAAACGUGUGUUGACAUUGACGAAUGUUCAUCCGACUUCCCCUGUAGCCAGCUCUGCGUCAACACAUACGGAUCGUACAAGUGUCUGUGUGCAGACGGUUACGAGGCGCCAACUAAGAACUCGCAGAUCUGCAGGUCUCUCUCGGCUGAAGAGCCCUUCCUGAUUCUGGCCGACCAUCAUGACAUCAGGAAAAUAAGCACUGAUGGAUCCAAUUAUGCUCCUCUAAAACAGGGCCUCAGUAACAUUAUAGCAGUGGACUUUGACUACAGGAAGGAGUUGAUCUACUGGAUUGACUCGAGCUCUCCUGCUCUAACCCAGCGGAGGAUAAACAGAAUGAGACUGAAUGGGAGCGACCUGAAGGUAAUCCACAGGAUGUCUGCCCCCAGUGCUCUAGCCGUGGACUGGAUAGGAAAGAACCUAUACUGGUGUGACAUAGUGAAGAAGAGUCUGGAGGUGUCCAAGGCUAACGGACUCUAUCCUGUGGUAUUGGUCAGCACUGGUCUGGACAACCCUACUGACCUGGCUUUGGAUGCUGACACCGGUUAUGUGUUCUGGAUCGACAGUGGAGAGUAUCCCCAUAUUGGGAGGAUAGGUUUGGACGGCAGCAGCCGGACGGUGAUCAGCGAUUCAGACAUAUUCAGCCCUGCAGCUCUCACCAUCGACUACACAGCAAAAAGACUUUACUGGGCUGACUCGCAUCAAAUUCUCUUCUCAAACAUGGAUGGUUCAGAAAGACGCAAAGUGCCUAGUCAAGACAUCCGGGAGGUGACAGGGCUGACUCUGUUUGAGGAUGUCAUCUAUUGGACGGAUGAGAAGUCCAAGUCACUGAACCGGGCCCACAAGACCUCCGGGGCUCAGGGAACAGAGCUGCUCAGAUACUGGAGAUCCAUCCACAACAUCAAGGUGUACCACCCUCUCCGCCAGCCCGACGUGCCCAAACACCAGUGUCAGGUGACCAACGGAGGCUGCAGCCACCUGUGUCUGCUCUCCCCCGGGGGAAGUUACAGGUGUGCCUGCCCCACCCACUUCUACCUGGCUGCAGACAACAAGACCUGCCUGUCCAACUGCACAGCCAGCCAGUUCCGCUGUGGGACAGAUGAGUGCAUUCCCUUCUGGUGGAAGUGUGACACGGUGGAUGACUGUGGGGACGGGUCGGACGAGCCUCCAGACUGCCCUGAGUUUAAAUGCCAGCCAGGGAGGUUCCAGUGUGGGACUGGUCUCUGUGCUCUGCCUCCGUUUAUCUGUGAUGGGGAGAACGACUGUGGGGACAAUUCUGAUGAAGCCAACUGUGAAUCCUACAUCUGUCUAGCUGGACAGUUCAAAUGCAGGAAACGUCAGAAGUGCAUCCCACUGAACCUGCGCUGUAACGGACAGGACGACUGUGGAGACGAAGAGGACGAGACAGACUGCCCUGAGAGCACCUGUUCUGCCAGCCAGUUCCAGUGUAAGACCUCCCUGCACUGUAUCUCGGCCCUGUGGGUGUGUGACGAGGACCCGGACUGUGCCGAUGGAUCGGACGAGGCCAACUGCGAUGAGAAGACAUGCGGUCCUCAUGAGUUCCGGUGCCAGAACAACAACUGUGUCCCGGAACACUGGAGGUGUGACGGACAGAGUGACUGUGGCGACAACACAGACGAACAGAACUGCAAGCCAGCCACCUGCCCCUCCAGGGACUUUGUGUGUGACAACGGAGAGUGCAUCUCGGCUCGUUUCCAUUGUGACGGUGACAGGGACUGUGCUGAUAACUCUGAUGAAAAAGGCUGUGAGAUGCGCUUGUGCCCCGCGGACCAGUUCCAGUGUCUCAAUCACCUCUGCAUCUCCAACAAGUGGCUCUGUGACGGCCAGGAGGACUGUAAGACGGGGGAGGACGAGAGGAACUGCCAAGGACCUGCGGUCCUUCCGUCCUGCGCCCUGAGUGAGUAUGAGUGUGUCGGGGGAGGCUGUGUGUCGGCCCGCCUGAGGUGUGAUGGCCAGAGAGACUGCUCAGAUGGAUCUGAUGAGGUAGACUGUGUGAGGGAGUGCAGGGAGGAUGAGUUCCUGUGCCUGAACCGAGCUCACUGCAUCCCCAGCCGCUGGCACUGUGAUGCCCUGCCUGACUGUGUGGAUCACAGUGACGAGCAUAACUGUGUCCAGGCAGCCCACUCUUGCCGUGCGGAUGAGUUUAUCUGUACCAACACACUGUGUAAGCUUUACAUCUGGGUGUGUGAUGGAGAGGAUGACUGUGGAGAUAACUCUGAUGAAGACUCGGACAUGUGUGCUAAACUGCCGUGUCCACCGAGCAGACCCUACCGCUGUCGGAACGACAGGGUGUGUCUGCGCUCGGAGCAGGUGUGCAACGGAGUCGACGACUGUGGGGACCUCUCCGACGAAGAGGACUGUGAUGUGAUGCGGACCCCAAGGCCCUGUGGUAAGGUGGAGUUCACCUGCAGCAACCAUCGCUGCAUCCCGCAGGAGCUGCAGUGUGACCUGUUCGAUGACUGUGGAGACGGGGGCUCGGAUGAACAGGACUGUAAAGGUGUGGUUUCCGAGGAAGGAGUGUGCGGAGAGAGAGCGGGUCUAUGUGGAGAUGACGCAUUCUGCAAUGAUACAGGAACCGAUUCACUCUGUCAGUGCAAGGCUGGCUUUCAGAGGAGCCAGACGACGAGGCAGUGUGAAGAGAUCAAUGAAUGCCUUCAGUUUGGCAUGUGCUCUCACUACUGUACAAAUACUAAAGGAUCCUUCAAAUGCACGUGUGACCGUAACUUUAAAGAAAUCGAUGGUGAAUGUAUAACCAAAGGACCAGAGGAUCAAGUGCUCUACGUUGCUAAUGACACUGAAAUCCGAAGUUUUGUCUAUCCGUUUAAGCAGAGCCACGGACAGAAACUGCAUCCUCGCAUCGAGGACAAUGCUAAAAUCAUUGGGAUGGAUGCUCUUUUUCACCGACACAAGUUUGUCUGGGCCACACAGUUUAACCCUGGUGGAAUGUUUUACAAAGACAUCGUAGACAGAAGUCUCACUAAGUCAAAUAGCGGAAUCAUAUGUCCUGACUUCAGAAGGCCCAGGGAUAUAUCUGCAGAUUGGGUGACCGGCAACAUUUACUGGACAGACCACUCCAGGAUGCAUUGGUUCAGCUACUACAACGCCCACUGGAGGAGGCUCAGAUAUUCCAUCAACGUGGGCCAGCUGGGAGGGACAAACUGCUCUCGUCUCAUCACAGACAUCGCCGGGGAGCCUUACUCUAUCACUGUUAACCCGGCUCGAGGGAUGAUGUACUGGACAGUGGUAGGAGACCACUCCCUCAUCGAGGAGGCUGCCAUGGAUGGGUCUAUGAGGAGAAUCUUAGUGGAGAAGAACCUCAGGAGACCCAGUGGACUUGCCAUCGAUUAUUUCAACCAGCGUCUGUACUGGGCUGAUACAGAGUUGUCUGUGAUUGGGAGCGUUCGAUUCGAUGGAUCGGACUCUGUGCUGGUGGUGAGCAGUACACAUGGUCUUUCGCAGCCUGUAAGGAUUGACAUCUUUGAGGACUAUAUCUAUGGGAUCGGGAUGAGGAAUGAUGUCUUCCGGGUCCAUAAGUAUGGAAAACGGCCAAUGGAACGGCUCCAUCUGGGGGUAGAGAGACCCUCCAUUAUCUUGGUCCUCCAUCGAUUCAAACAGCAAGACGUGUCCAAUCCGUGCUUAAGGAUGGACUGUGAUUUCCUGUGUCUGCUCAACCCUGCCGGAGCCAGCUGUUUCUGUCCUGAGGGGACCACGCUAGUAAACAGGACUUGCAGGGACACCAACACAUCAGGAGAAAUGUGUCACCCUGCCUGCGAGAACGGAGGGCGAUGCAUCACCAACGAGAAGGGGGAGCUGCGAUGUUACUGCUGGCCAAAUUUCUCCGGGGAGCGCUGUGAAGUCGACCACUGUAAAGACUACUGUCAGAACGGGGGCACAUGCUCAGGCUCUUCCAUAGGGAGGCCUACAUGUCGUUGUGCUGUGGGGUUCACAGGGCCGGUCUGUGAGAGGAAGGUGUGUGACAACUACUGUCUGAAUGGGGGCACCUGUGACGUCAGCAGGGGGAACCAGCCAGUGUGUCGCUGUAUGGCCGAGUACACUGGGGAGCGUUGUCUCCACCAUAUCUGCCAUCACUACUGUACCAAUUCGAAGGCUUGUACUCUGUCGAGCAAGAGCCACGUGGAGUGUGUGUGUUCAACCAGAUAUGAGGGAGUGAAGUGUGAAGUGGACAGAUGUCUCCAGUGUCGAGGGGCACCGUGUAUUGUCAACCUGGAGACAGACAACGUGUCCUGCAACUGCAGUAAUGGCAGAGUGGCAGCCACCUGUCAACUGUGUGAUGGAUACUGUUACAACGGAGGAACCUGUCACCAAGACCCUGAGACCAGCCUGCCGUUCUGCCAGUGUCCAGCUGAUUGGUCAGGUACACAGUGUGAGAGACCUGCCCCCAAGAACAGUCUGUCUGGCAACAUCAGCGGGGGAAGUAUGGCCAUCAUUGUCCCACUGGUUCUGCUGGUGAUUCUCAUCACUACCAUGGCUUUUGGUGUUUUCAUAUGCAAGAGGAAGCAAAGGGGGAAAAUAGUCCAGCGGCAGCCCAUGGUGAAUGGUGGGCUAAAUGUAGAGAUCGGUAACCCCUCGUACAACAUGUAUGAGGUGGACCACGACAAUCACUCUGAUGCUGGGAAUCACCUUCAGCCAAGCUUCACCCUGGACCCACACAAGGGUUGGUGUGUUGGUGUGAGGUCUAGCCACCUGCACACUCUGUCAGUUCACCCUGACAGAGUACAUCAUCUCCCUAAGGAGAUCCUUCCUGGACAGGCCAUGAACUACUCCAACCCAAUAUACUCUAAGUUAUACCUUGAUCAGGGACAGAACUGUCGGAAGCCCGUCAUCAAUAUUGAAGAGAGGAGAGAGCCAAUCCCAAAGAAACUGGAGGCAACUAUACGAGAGACAGUUGCAUAGCCUUUUACAGUACGCUAUUGGGAUAAUGUUUUAUAUGAGCUGUAUAAAAUGUACAAAAUGAAAAGAAGGAUUUUUUUAUAUGUCCAUAUCACACUAGAAUGUUCUGUUUUCAUGUUAUGUCCGAGGCAUCAUCAGGCAACACUGCGAUGUGUAUCUUUUGCAUUGCACUGAAAAACAGCACCUGAAAAUGACCUUCCCUUCAAUGCUUUCCUUCAAAGAAAGUAGUACCUGCUAUGAUGCUUUGAGCUCGCAACUGUUACCAGCUGAUCACUAAUCAAUUGCUAAUCAAUGUGUCGCAAGGAUAGGACAACAAAAAGAAAGUGACUAUGGUGUCACAGCCUACAUUCAUGUAUACAGUAUUUACCUUCUCAAAUGGCGAUGAAAAGAUGUAACAGACGUUUUAUAAUUUUAUAUAUGAUUUAUAUAUGUCCAGUUUGGCUUGUAUUUUCUGACAAGAUAUUAGGCGUCGUACUUUUAUACAAAACUGUACAGUGCAUCGCUAUGUAAUAAAUGGGGGGUUUCUUGACCUUUCAAGUACACUA